AUGAUUUUUGAUGAUGCUUGGAAUGACUAUCUUGAAAGUAUGAAGGGUUACUUUAUCAACGUGGAAAGUGAACAAGAGCAGAAUCAAUCCGAGGACAAUGAGGAAGAUUGCCCAACGCUGAAAGUGACUCGAGAAGAAUAUGAACGGUGGUGCGCACCAUGGAGGAGGUCUCUCAUCAUUAAGCUAAUGGGCAAAUCUAUACCUUUAUGGGUUAUGAAAUCUAAUCUCGCACGCUUAUGGAGAACAAAACAUCCACACACAACACGGGACUUAGAUAAUGGAUUCUUUGUUGUCUCAUUUGAUGAUGAGGAGGAUAUGAACACUGUCUAUCAAGAAGGGCCUUGGAUGAUUGCUGAUCACUAUCUGACACCUAAGAAGGAUUGGACAGCUACUUGGGAGAACUUAAAAGUUGAUACGAUUACGUAUAACAGCGAAAGAGGAUGGUUUGCACGAAUUUGCAUUGAGUUAGAUCUCAAGAAAAAGCUAAAGUCAACCAUUAACGUGUUUGGAAAGCGUCGCAUAGUGGAGUACGAGGGACUUCAUCUCAUAUGCUUCCAGUGUGGGAAAUAUGGACAUCACAGGGAAAGCUGUCCUGACCGAUGCGUCACUUCUGAAAUGAACACUGGUGCAACGGAGCAUGGGAUUCUGGAACAAUAUAAGGCAAAGGAGAAGGUAAGUGUGGACUUGAAUGUGGAUCCGAAAGAGGUAGCUACAGAUGCUCAACACAACGUCUCUAAGAGUGGAUUCAGGGAAUCAAACCAGACGCGCGAAAAUCGUAGGGUUAUAAAGAUAGAUGAGCUUAAUAAUGCUGACAGAAUCAGAGGCAUGAUCGUGAGUAAUAACCAAGGCCGACCUUUUGGGAAGGAGCAUAUAAGUCAAACUCGUCAGUUUGGAAAGAAAUCUCUUGGUAAUCUGAAAUGGGUCCCCGUGGAUCAGGGCUUUCAAAGGAAAAAUAAAAAGAAAAGUAGUGGCAAGGAGAAUAUUCCUCAAUCAUCAAAACGCGGCUCCAUUUCUCACAAAGCAAUGAUCUCGGUAAAUGGGCUGCAGAAUAAAGCCAAUUUUUGGAAAGCCCAUAACCCAUUUGAGACCUUAAUAGGUUUGAAUGAAAAUGGACCUCAAGAAGAUAAUUUUAUUGGGCAGCACCUGGAAACUAGGACGGAUGAGCAGUAUAACGACUUGAUGGAGCAAGAAAGGAUGACAUCUCCAGGAAAAAAACCCAAGUAUCAACACUGA